AUGACCCGCAUCCAAGUGGUGGAUAACAGUGCUUUUGGAAACACACUCUAACAUCGGCCUCCAUAAUGCAUCCAUGUCUACAACAAAAAUGGAGUGGGCAAAGUAGGUGACAAAAUCCUGCUAACUAUCAAAGGGGAAAAGAAAAAAGCCUUAAUUGUUGGUCACAAGAUGCCCGGUCCUCGCAUGAACCUCAGGUUUGAUUCAAAAAAUGUAGUGCUUAUUGAAGACAACGGGAAUCCAGUUCAGACAAGGAUUAAAACACUAUUACCCUCUUUUCUUUGGAAACAGCAAGACUUCUCGAAGAUAUUGGCCAUUGCCAAGAAUUUUGUGUGACAAACAAGGCAAUGCAAUGUAUCAUCU